AUGCUGGAAUCACAGCCGCCUGUAGGCGGCACCAUCGAUGAGCUACUACCACCUCUUUUACAACGACUACAGCAUAUACAGCCUAUAGUCCGGCUGUCUGCAAUCCUGGAAGCCACCAGAUUAUCUGUUCUUCACUUUGUUAUGGAAAAAGGCCUUUAUUUAAUCAGUGAGCCAGCUAAAAAAACUGAGAUUAUGCCGACUGAGUACUCCAAUACUCUGUCUUGGUUGAUCGAAUGUAACGGGCAAGCAGCAAUACAAGAGUCUAAUAAAGGGAAACACAUUCACAAUGAAAUUGCUUUACCAGUUCGUGUCCCUUUGUUUGCAACAGAUGAAGAAAACAUUAUAUACAGACUACCGGACACCCUGCUGUUGAGUCUUCGUCGUUUGGUUCGAGAUCAGCAUUCUCAGGUGUCUUUGGCUGCCUCACUUUGUCUUUUCAGCCUGCAAAAGGGCGUAUGUGGAGAAAUCGAGGCGAUGCGUGUUUUACAGGCUGUGUGCAAAGAGGCAUAUAAAAUUAGACACCACCCCAGGAGCGAUGGACUUCAUUAUCAAAAGAUAGCGGAGGCAGGGGAUCAUAUCGCUGAGGUUAUAAUCGAAGAAAAGAUUCAAAGUGAUGGAAAAAACAGACCGAAUAUGUGCGAAAUACGUAAGCGAGAAGAAGUAUUUGACGAAUUUAAUGAAGGGGGAGAGGGCGAAGAAAAUCAGACGGUGAAACUGGGCUACAUCGAAAAUUUAGACUCAAAUAACCACAAGAGCAAUGCUUAUAUUUGCCAAUAUAGUGCUGAAAAGGAUGAGACUAAUCUUUCUUGUGACAGCCAUUUUAACACAAAACUUAUGUGCCGAAGUAUAAUUAGCGACGACAAUUGUGUUGAGCAAGACUCUCUUUUCGCAGCAAUUUGUUUGGCCGAAGCAGGA